AUGGCUGCUCAAACUGAACGAGGUGGAGACAUGCCGAUACUGGAGGAUAAUCGUCUUGGACGCACAUCUUCUGUCUCAUUGGACGUCACGCAUGGACCGUUUGAAGUCUCGUGUAGCCCUCCCCACCUGUUACGAGACGCCACCAUUGGGUACUCUGAUCGUUUGAAGAACGUAUACGAACAAGAAAACAUUGUCCUAGCGACGGCUGAAGGGAGAGAGGAAGAGCUGCAGGUGUACGACCAAGCUUCCAGUAAAUGGCGCUUCUACCGGAUACUGUGUCAAGUCCGCUUUAGCUAUCUGUCGUUCCUGGUGGCCAUGAUGGUGCUCAUGUUCUCCUUCACGCUAUUGAUGGAGAUUUUCUUUGCCAUUUUCCUACCAAGUGCCAAGUUUGACGACCAUUAUACAGUACGAGCAGUGAUUUUCUUGGUGCUACUGCCGGUGGUGCUAUUUUUUCUGUCCUACAUCUUUGAGGAAGCCUCGAGAUUCUUUCUGGAUGCACUCGACAAGUCAGACGGCUCGCUCCCAAACUUUCGACUCGCGCUGGCUGUUGUAAUUCACUAUCUUCGCCAUCGAACGGAGCUAAAGGAGAUGGAAGAAUUGGAUGACCAAAUACAUGAAGAGAAUGCAAUACAAGACGACGAGCUGCAGAGAAGCCAGACGAGUGUAGUUCCUGGCGGGAAAUUGCAGACAAUAGGGCCGUUACUGCUGACGGCGAAGAAUGAUCCGUUCUUGGACGAUGACAAGGAGGAAGACGACGAAGCCUGGCAGCGCAAGGAAGCGGCUGCGGUAAAGCAACAGGAUGCAGCAGAAACGAUGGAAGCGCGCAGUGCGAGGCUGUCGGCAGUAGGUGAAAGCUCACCGAAGAAGAGUGCGAAAAAACGAUGGAAGCGCGCGCAGGCAGCUAUAAAUACCACUAUUCUUAUUAGAAAGGUGCAGGAUGAAGGACCAGCAAUCGAUCUAUCGACGUUUGUUGCUGUGGACAUUGUGUGUCCUGUGCUUUUUGAGGUGGCGACGGCAGCUUCAAUGGUUAUAAAGCUCGCGACAACUUGGUCAAUAUCGGGCGCAUUCUUGGCCUACGUGCAGAUGGGUUUCUGGUGUGUCAGCGUAUACCUGCUGCUGUGGAUGAUAGCGCAUUUUUGGAGCAGCCGUAAUGGUAAAAUGCGCGUCCUUGUGAGCAACUAUCGCCGUCGGAGGCGUAUCAUGCGUCGUGCUGUUCGCACUUUUGAGCGAGAAAAGCGCGCAGAACACUUGUGGCUGUUGACUGUCGGCUUUCGUUUCUUCCAUUACGUGGGGCUUGCGCUGCAUCCAACGCAUUGGACUUGUUGUAACAAAUUCAAGAAAGACAAGAAACAAAGCAAGAUGCCUGCCGAUGGGAUUACUAUUCCGACUGCAGCAGCUGGAGAUCCUGACCAAACAUUGACAAUUGCUGCCAGAUCUGGUGCAGAAUCUAGUCCGAAUGCUGGCCGAUCACGUGCUACGUCUGUGUAUGUCUCGCGUCUCCAGCAAAUGCAGGUAUGGGUGCGUGCGUGCAACCCGUGGCAGCAUCUCUCUCUAAACGUCCGUGGUGUGAUUUUGUUGGUGCUCGUGAUCGGGUCAGCUUUGCUUUCGCUGGAAUCUUUUUUCAUCGGAUGGCCUGUAAUGGGUAUGUGCCUUAUUUCCUUGAGCUCUGUCGUACAAAAGCGAUUCCCGCAGAUCUUUGGCCAAAUGUUCCGGAAAUUCAUUUCGGCUUUCGUCGUCGUAUCACUAUUUUUCUUUUCGUCAUCUUUCAUCAUCGGCACUUUCGUACAUGGUGGUGCUUUUCAGCUGGGCACAUUUGACAACUCGACUGAAUUGGUAACCAGCGAGCUCAAAAUCACCCAUGAUGUUUCAGCUUCAGUUAUCCUUAGCGGAAAAGUGAUCAACUUCGACGAUACGUCUGAGUACGCGGCUUGUAGCCUACGAUAUCAUGGACUCUCCGUGCUGGAUUUAGCGUUGAUAGCCGACGCUGCCUAUGGCUCCAGCACAGCUAUCCAGAAAUCUGCACUCGAAAAUCGUUUUAACGGAACAGAGUUAGAAGACUGGAAAUAUGUUGCACGCAACAACGAGAUUACGGAUGGGCAAACCUGGAUGAAGAUUUACUUUCCGGCAGUCAAUUUGACGGUCAUCGCGAUUCGAGGUACAGCCACCGCAACGGAGGCUCUUGAGGAUUUGCAUUUCUGGUUCGGCAUCUGCAUUAUGCAGGCAGCAAACAUCUUUUUGCCACUCCUAAAGCAGUUGCCUCGCGCUUUCGUGGUGAGAAUGUUGUCCAUGCGUCUCAUCUCGAGUGUGAUGCCGUCGCCUGUUUAUACGGACGUGCUGAAUCAUGCUGUUGAUACACGUGCUCGUGUGGGGGACAACCUUGUGAUCACUGGACAUAGUCUAGGUGGAUCUAUUGCUGCUAUGAUCGGUGCCAAGACUAAAACGAGCGCCGUGUCAUUCUCAGGACCUGGAUUACUCUACUCCGUAGGACGCUUUGACAUCACCUCACGAGACGUUCGUGAUUAUGUUCUGACAAUGAAGCCUAGGAAGGAUAUCGUUCCACAGGUAGAUGAAUUGGGUGGUCUAGUGCAGGAGAUUCGCUGCAAGAAAUCAUCUCCAAUGGGUUGCCACAGCACGAGUACUCAUCUGUGCGAAUUGUAUUUCUCCUGCGGUGAUCCAAGACAGCGCAACUGGUCGACAAACAAGCAGUGUAUUGCGUACAAUGCGCUUACAUCGGACGACAAUGAUGAAGAUACGUAG